CAGGCGGGGAGGAGAGGGUCCCUGUGAAAAGGGUCUGGAUCGGGAGAAUCAACCAGUUUCGUUAAAAAACAAACAGUGAGUACUUCACGUUAGCAUCAGGCUAACGGAACGAGAGCCAACCACAACAACAACAGCGCAGCGUAUUCGAAAGAGAGAAUACCGUUUGGUUUGCUGUGACACACGAGUACGUCCUCUUAAUUCCGGUUGGAUAACUCACUCCUUCUCCAUCGGGGCUGUUGUUUUGGAUUGGUUAUUGUAACGCUAGCGCAAUGGAAGCACUUUUCUUCAGGCGUUAGCAAAAAGAUUACCUCCGCGUCCACCGCAGCCAUAGAGACAACGUCCGUCCCGCUACGUGCUGCGUCAUCACGGCGUGCUUCUGUUGCCGAGCAACCGCAAACUCCACUGAGCAGAGGACACGAAGCGAAGGCAAAGAUGCCCCGCUCUGCAGCAAAGUCCCAAGCCUCCAAGAGUAGACGGAUGUCAUCCGUCCCAGUGACUCCACUUCCGACGCAGGAGCAGGAAAUUAUUCCUGGUCGCUUAACCCAAACCCAGUGGAAUAAGGUGUUGAUCCAGGAGGAAAAUGAUGAGAUAGUUGGGGAGAUUAUAGAUGAACUGAUGAGCAAAGUCAUGGACGGCUGUUUGCAGGUGUACGUGGAAAGACAGCUAGAACCUUUUUCCACAUCUUGGGCCAAGAACUACCUCACACAGAUUUUAGAGCAACAAAUCAUGUGCCCAGAUGAGGGAGAAGGAACAGAGGAAGCAUCUAAAACGGAAGACACAGAGCCAAUGCCAUCAAUCAUCGAUUCCUGGGCUCAAGGAUGUGUGCCUGUUGUCUAUGCUCUGCCUCCAUUAUCUUAUCCUUAUUCUGCACAACAGGAGGCUGACGUUGUUCAGGUCCCAGCACAAACAGGACCAGGAGACGACCAGCAAUGUGAUGCAAUGGCCCAAACAAAAAGCUCUCCAAAGCAACCUGACAGGGAAAGAAGCCCCAGGAAGCCUGUCAAUAACAAGCAAUGUAAAGUGCUUAUUCCUCGGCCCCCACCGAAAAUUGAUGUUAAGAAAAGGCAACAAUUUAAUUUUCCACCUAAACCCGUUGCAGAUAAAUUGCCGCCCAUUCGAUCCUGUUCAGUAUUAAAAAAGGAUGUGGAGGUAGAGGAUAAAAGAGGAAUAUAUUGUGUUUAUAACAAUAUGGCUGGGCCAUCACAUCAGUUUAAGAAAUACCAAUCCAUACCAAGACUUGAUUCCUCAUCCCUGCCUCGACACGCCAUCUUUCCUCAGUAUGAGAUUAUCAACAGUGACCAAUCAAAUCCCAAGAAACCAAGUCGAUUAUCCAAACUAGAGCCAAAAUACAAGCAAAAAAGUGAGUGGACAAUAACAACGGUGAUGCCACUGACAAGCUCCAAGAAUAAGCCGGCAAAGUUUCACAGGAGAAAUGAGGCAGAUGUCUUUCUGAAGAAAUUGUCGCCCUUGAGAAGGCGUCAGGAUGUAUGAAGUUCUCUGGGUCUCUGAAGCUGGACACAAUGGUUUUGGCUAAGGUUGUUACAAUGAGGGAUCCCCAGGCGGUAGCAAGUAACCCUCUCACGUAGGGCUGUGACCGUAUCUGCAUUACCGUAUCCUUAAAAAAAAAAAAAUGUAUAUAUGUUUAUAUUUGUCGAGAUCUGUAGUCAA